AAAGGCAUUGAAGACAAAGACCAAACUAGAAAUGACUCAGAUGAAAAAGAUAUUAUUGACGAAAUUUCAGGACUUAAUUUGGAGAAAUUAUUUACUACUCGGAAGACAAAACCGGACGUAAUGCUCCUUUGGGCUGGCGUCAGAACUGAGAAAAUUGAACUAGUUGGGUCCAGUGUGCUUGGUGUUACGACCAAUGACAAAUGGAAUUAG